AUGUAUCUGUUUCUCUCGGAUAUGGGUGUACGCCGACGGUUCCAAGCGCACCCAUUCGUGAUCGCAUGGUGGGACGAUUCCUUGAAAGCUACCAAGGUUUCUUUCUUGAUCGAGCCCAGCAACGGCCUAACCUCAAAACUGAUUGGACGGGGCUCGCUCCGUAGUGUUGUGAUGGAUGGGCCUUAUGGAAAAGAUUUGCGAUUGGAUAAUUUCGAGACGGUUAUCCUAGUGGCAAAGGGAAUUGGAAUUGCUGGUAUCAUUCCUUAUGUUAGAAGUCUGACAUAUCGUAGAGUGAAUAAGGAUAAAAAUUACGAUUCUUAUCGACGAGGUCUUAUCACACGAAAAAUCGAUCUGUAUUGGGUCCUUGAGGAUAACUGUCAGGAAGAUUGGAUUUCGGAUUGGCUUGUGGAUUUGCAGAUGCGAGAUUCAGAGAAGGUUGUGAUACAUUGCAAUAUGCCUAAUUUCCGUGCGGAGAAGUGCUGA